AUGGCGCGUGGCAACCAGCGCGACAAGGCUAGGGAGAAGAACCUCAAGGAGCAGGCUGGAAAGCAAUCCGGUACCGAAUUCGCGCGCACCAAAGAGAACGUAGCAGAGAUCAUGCGCGCUAAACAAGCUGCUGCUGAGGCAAAGAGGGCCGCUGAGGGCGCUAAGAAAUGA